CUUGCUCUCUUGUCCAUCCAGAGGACGAAAACGCGCACACGCACAUCUCCCGGGGACGCGUGGAAAGGAAAGAAAAAAAGAGGGGGGAAAAAAAGAGAGAGAGAGAGAGAGAGACGUUGGCUUUCUCUUUGUACUGGAUAAAGAAGAGUUGACUGCCUUCCUUUUUAUGUAAGCAGAGUUUGCCCGCUGUAAAUAGGCCAAUAAGCCGGUUACUCUUUUGUACGUGGGAGUUGUUUUCUUCUGCAGCCCGGACGACAAAAGCAACUCCUCGAUUCCAGCAGGAUUUCACAUCUCGCUUCAAAAAAAAAAAAAAAAAGGCAAAUAAUCGAGUGCCGAUCGCCUCGUGUUGGUCACCGAUCCCCUUCCCCCCAACACCCCCCACUUUUUAGCACCUUCGGCCCGGGGGGUUGGAUCGCGGAUCGCCCUCGUCUCCCCUCCGCCGAAACCGAGCGAGCAUGGCGGCCGUCACGAGCCCGGAGACGAGCCCUCAGCCCCGGGUGUAUUUCCAGACGCCGGCCGGCACCGCGGAGGAGCCCGAGACCCCGGUUCGCAAGCAGGGACGCGUCACCGUCAAGUACGACCGCAAGGAAUUGAGGAAAAGACUCAACCUGGAGGAGUGGAUCAUCGAGCAGCUAACGGACCUCUACGACUGCGAGGAGGAGGCCAUCCCAGAGCUUGAGAUCGACGUGGAUGAGCUGCUGGACAUGCCCAGCGAUGUGGAGCGGGCCGCCAGGGUCAAGGACUUACUGGUGGACUGCUUCAAACCCACCGAGGACUUCAUCUCGGAGCUCCUGGACAAGAUCCGAGGGAUGCAGAAGCUUUCCACGCCUCAGAAGAAAUGAUGGCGUUCUCUCCUUUUCAUCCUUCUUCGUUCAUCGCCCACCCCUUCACCCCUUUUUUUGUCGCUCGAGUCAUCAAGUGCGGGAGUUUAAGGGAAGACUAGUCAGGUCAGGGGUUCAUUAUCUGCUUCGUUUGGAGGUCUUUUUUUUUUUUUCCCGAUGGAGAGUUCAGGGGUGAUCUUUACUGUAUACCACCAAUGCCUCCUUAUUACCGCCCCGAGAUGCAUUUAAAGACUGCUGAAAAAUCUGCACUCUGACCACCAACAAUAACACACGGUGUAUUUUUAGACCAGCGUCGUUCAGAAGGAAAAAAAGUUAAAAAAAAGUCAUAGUGUAGAUGUGGCUAAAGUAGGUUUUCCUAAAUUCUGGUGUGUUUUUCUGCCCUCUAAUGUGCAGUGUGCCUGCACGUACUCUGGUUGCUAAGUGCUACAAUCAUCAUAGCGUGGUUUCCAUAUUUGAGAGAUUUUUUUUUUCCCUGCUGUUCUGUAUGACAAAGUUGAUUUUUAGUAAAAGGACUGGUUCCUGUUUUCAGUUUUUGUUGUUGUUUUUUUUCCUGUCACUCAUGCAGUCCCUCAACUAAGCUGCCUUGUUGUUUUUAUAAUUAUUAUACUAUUAUAUUCUACGCGAUCCCUUUUCUUGCUGCUGCUGUUUCUCCUUUUCUGGCCAUUUUCAGCCUACUCCCAUUCUUUUAUUCUUUUACAUCACCGGGGGCUGCGUCACCAUUUCAUGACGUCGUCAACGUCACCAAUUGGGCAACGAGCGGGAGGGGAGGUUCAAAUUUCAACAUUUUGAAUGCUUUGUUUUUGGGGGGGGCUUUUUUUUUUUGCCCCCCACCCUCGGAAGUGUGGACCCCAAACGCAUGAAUAGACACAGCUGUCUGUCGGCUGUGUUCAUGCCUGCAGCUGCCAAUUAUAGCCGAGAAUGAGCCAUUUGUCUCGAAUCCCGAAACUGAUGGCCGGCCAAUAGGAGAAGCACAAACGUUUUGCCGUGAUUCCUGUGACCAAUCGCCAACACCUGCGGUGACAGUAGGAUGCCGCCGUCUUGUCUCCACGGAGUUUCACUCGUGUCGUCACUCGCUUCCGUUUUCAUCCCCUUGUUUCUUUUCACGCAUUCUUUUCUUGAAGAAACAGAUGUUGCCUUAGUUAUUAUUUAUGUUACACAAACCAAAUAAAUGGAAGACAUUUUUUUUCUGAAGGUGUAAAGUGUGUUACUGAGCAUUUCUUUGUUUUGUUUUUUCAAACAAAUGUGAUUCUUAUGUUUUGGCUUCUUUUUUUAUUGUAUUAUUAUUUUUAGAAGUGAGUCUUUAAUACUUAGGCCUUGAUACAGUGAUCCUGUUUAGAUAAUGUUCUUGACAUUUUACCAGUUUAAUACUGGUCUGUUUUUAACGCGAUCAUGAAACGUCUUUCAUGCCAGGCCUUGGAUUUACACGAACAAAAAUCCAAUCAGAUGCUUUUUUUCUGGUUUUGAUUGCUUUUGCCUUGCUUGUGACUUCCCCAUACUUGCAAUGUUUGCAGGAAACUUUGAAGAUUGUACUACAAGAAGAGGCAAGGUCAAUCAUAGUCAAGAGUAUUUGAGUGGAUUCUUCUUUCAGAAUCCAGGUUUGGGUAACAGUAUACCUUUUUAGACUGUUUAGGCUUUUUUUUGUUUGUUUGUUUUUCCACUGUUGGAGAAAAUUGCAUUUAAAAAAAAAAAAAUAAUAAUAGUUUGUGUCAGUUAACUGGUGGUUUUCGCCACGAGAAUUAAACCACAAACAAAUGUAGCAAUAUCAACAACAGGUCUUGUUUUUGUCCAAUUUUGUUACACUUUUAUGCAACUUUAAUAAAAACAGA